CUACCGGUGUAAUAUAGGGUAUACGAUACGGGUACAUGCAUUGUAUUUGGUACGUUUUUUCGUGAAUCCUAGCCUGGGUCGAGACCAAUUACAAAUUGCACAAUCUAUUCUACUACUAGUGAGUACUAGUUAGUCGUGUCAAGACCGGGGUCAAGAGUCAAGUGUGAAUGUCAUGAGUCAGAGUGAACGGUGUAACAUUAACAACAUCAGCUCGGCGUCAGCAUGGUCAGGAGUGUGUCAGCAUGAUUCAGUCCACAUCUUAUUCUUUAAUCAUGGACCUAGUCACCUAGCCGAGGGCCAGGCAAGAUCUAGCUGUCGAGUGGGUAGUACCGGUAGAUCAGUGCAUUUCUCUGUGACUCAAGCUAGAGGGGAGCUCAAGGAAGAUCAGUUUUGCCUCUCAAGAUGAUGUCUGACAAUGUAUCGGCAUCAUGAUUACCAGAAUACUGGGCAAGAACAAUAUAUCACUUCUAUGAACAAUACAUCGGAAAGAUGCAUCCCGAUUAAACGCAGGUUGCUUGACAAAUUUUACUCCUCCAUUCAAACUGCAAGUACUCAACCAAAUGAAAGAAACCUCGUGGCAAAUGCAGACCUGUCAAGGCACAGUGUUGACCAAGUAGAGCUGUCAGAGGCACUAGACUUGAGAAAAGCCAAGAAAGCAAGGAUUUGUACUUCACCUGAUUUCAAGUGGGAGAGUGCAGCUUUACCGGGUAAAACAAGACCAGAGCUGCAGAGUAAGAAGCCUGUCCUUGAACAGUGCCUGAGAGGCGUAGAUUAUCGCAAUGCAAGACCAGCAUUGCAGAAGGUCCUCCAGUAUCAUGAUCACUACAAACUAUCCAUUGGGGAGAGAACCAAGCUAGAUAAGAUGCUUGAUGAUGAGCUGUUAGCAAAGUAUUUUGAAUCAGAGCGUACAUAUUCACCUGGUCGUGCAGAGUCUCCUGGCAGGAGACCACAAGGAAAUAUGUUAUCAACUUUAUCUUAUGACUGUGAGCCACAUUGGGAUGGGCAUAAUAGUUUGGGUUUGAGGCUGUCAAACAAAUCUUCAAGGACCAAUGCCUUUGGUCAUUCCUGUGGCACCACCCUCACCAGGCAACAUCAACCGCGAGAAGUGCAAAAUGAAGUCGGUUCUGUCAUGUUGAAAGAUCUUGGAGGAAUGGGGAAUGGUCUCUCCACCAUAUCAGUCGCUGAUCUCUGGGCACCAGCUGUGACUUCUGAGAGUCUCACCUCUGAAAAUCACAUUCCCUCACUUACCACAAGUCAGUCUGAUGAAUUGCAGCAGCUCGGAAACAAUGGCAUUGCAACCAACGAGUUUCUACCAAGGACUGCAUUGAAACAACCCAAGAGGGAGCGCGAUCUUGCCGUGCAAUUUUGCCAGAGAACACAGAGUCAAUGUAGCGUUUCAUCUGAAGAGCUACGCACGAUAGAGGUAGAAAAGAGGAGAAAUGAAAUUACAAAUAUCGUUGUGAAAAGUGAAGCCGAUACUUGCAGUGUGAUUGGAAAUGAGCAGCCAAUGACACCAGCAACAAAGAAUGAAAUAUACCAGGAAGCGACUGCCAUCGGAAAGACUCCAGCAGACGGAAAGUGCCCUAUUUGUUCAGACGUUGUGUCUGGAUACCAUUAUGGCACACGUUCCUGUGAGAGCUGCAAAGGGUUUUUCAAGAGAACUAUCCAAAACAAAAGGAACGAGCGAUUAGCUUGUGCCGUAGCUGGAAACUGUGUGAUAAAUUUGCAGAACCGGAAACACUGUGCCUAUUGUCGCUACAAAAAAUGUCUGGAAGCUGGAAUGAAGAAUGAAGCUGUUAGAGAAGACAGGCAGAGGGGAGGAAGGAGUAUGUAUGAAGGUUCCUCUGAGCAGAGAAGACGACUUCAACUGCAGCAUCAAAACGAAGCCCUCGGACAGACCAAGAAACGCAAACCACGCAAACGGGCUCCCAGUACAGCGACCCAACCGCCAGCCAAAGACCAAUUUGAUCCAAGCUUCGAAACUGUGAGGACACCCCUCCCGCAAACUCCUAGACACAAGGAAGGUGUUGAUCCCUCUGUACUAUCUGCUUCACCCACAAUUGCAACAGCCACCUCUAAGCCUUCAACAUCCACUGAAAGUGGGGACUCCUGUGAAGAAUUUGUUGUCCUCCUGAAGAAAAUGGAAAACCUUGAGACAACCUUCUUCAAUCCUUUUGGCUUGCCAAGAAUCUCCAUUGACAGAAGUAACAGUGAAAAGAGUCUCCUAACAGGGGGCUACUAUCUCAUGGAUCAUUUCUGCAAGAAGAUGCCUUCCUGGAUUGAAAUGAUGCCACACCUGCAAGACCUAGAGGUAAGAAGAGUUUGAUGAUUAAAUACAUGUAGUAUAAAAUAGCGAAUAGGCAUGGGUGCGAGAUAUUAUAUCGCAUAAGUGUAAAGAAAGAUGCUCUAUUCAAUGAGAGAAGUGAUGAAAAUGAAAUCUAAGGAUGCAAGUCAAGCUUUGGGGUGCCCCAAACAUCCGUUGUUACAUGUAGGCCUAUAGAUACAUACGCAUUCACAUGGAUUUUGGUUGGUCAGAACUUUGUACACACACUUCCUCUCCAAACUUGAUAGGCCAGUCAGACUGGGCAGCCGUGAAACAUCCUUUUGCCUUUCUUAAUUGCUUACGAAAAUGUUUUAACACCAAUAUUAUGGUUGAUUGACUGUAGAACUCUGAGCGGAAAGACCUUUUUUCCUUGUGAGCUCAGUCUUUUAACAUAUAAUAUCAGAUUGGGGCUGAAUACUGACUACUUGUACAUGAAAUUGAUCAAGUUGACACUUUUCCCAAGAGCUGCUUCUUUCAAUAGCUGGGUCAAUGGUCUACAUGUACAUACAUAUACAUACAUGUUUAUGUACAGUAGUAACAGAACUCUUAUACCCUUUUUACACAGGAUUUUCUUAACCCCGGACUAUCGCUAACCCCGUACUAUCCUUAACC